GGAGCUGGAGAUGCCAAGGCGUGGAGGGGAGCAGGUUCUUGGGGAUAAAUGCUCGGUGAGGAAACUGAGGCACAGUACCUGACAAGGGACUUCCGGAGCUGGAUCUCCCUCAGCUUGAGCAGGAGGCUGCCUCACUUUAGCACCUGUGUGCCCAGCCCCUAGCACGAGAACCCAGCACUGAGUGCUUGUCGACUGACAUGAAUUAAUAAGCAAGGCUUGGCUUGGAUCGGACUGGGCCAGUGGGAGCUCCAGCAGACCGCGGACACUCAGGCAGAGGGACAGACGGGUGGACGGACGGCCUCCGAGCCCGGGGGCUCAGGGAGUCACCCGCCCACAGACAGCUGGACGGACAGACAGACUUGGAUUCAGGCUCCGAGGGGCAUCUGGUCCAGCCUGAGCAUCGUUCUCCUCUUCAGGUGCCUCUGAUGGAGAUGUGAUUGUGUUCCUGCUCGCAGCCUAGGAAGAAGGCUUCUUUGAACUCCUGCCCCAGCCCAGCCUUCCUGGACUGGCCAUGACCUGUGACAGAAGGGUGGCCUCAUCUUUCCGUUACGGAGUGACCAUCACUGGGGCGGUGGUCCUGGUCACUGGGACGCUCUGCUUUGCCUGGUGGAGUGAUGGGGACAUGGAGCCCUCUCUGAGCCCCGGGACGAAAGCUUCUCUCCCUGGGAAGGCAGCCCCCCUGGCUGGCACCCCAGCCCCCACGACUGCACCCCCGAGUGCCCUGCUGAGGUCGGUCAGCUUCUUCUGUUGCGGCGUCGGGGGGAUGCUCCUUCUCUGGGGCCUGCUCUGGUCAGCCAAGGCCAACGUCCGGGCAGCCCCAAGACACUACCACAGCCGUCUCCCCAGGGACCUGGGCUACUUCACAGCCGAGCCCGUCCAGAAGUGGAGCUACAGCUGGUCGUCUACCUCAGUCCCCACCUAUGAGAUGGCAAUGACGUGCAGCCCUCCUGUCCCAGAAGAGGAGGAAGAGAAUGGACCACCCCCGUACAGCAGAAUCAAUGGCGGGAGACCAGUAGGACUGACCCGAAGCAUAUCUGAUGGGGCGCUCCUUGUUCCUCCUCAGCCAGAGAUGUGGGGAAACCAAGGCACAGCCUGGGUCAGCCCCCCACCCAGCUAUGAGAGCAUUGAUGCCCGUGGCCUGUGACUGACAGCCCGGCCUAAACCAACAUCUCUCUUUAGAUGCUCCGUUGCAGUAGGCAGCCAGGUGGAGGCUGACCAGGAACCCAGAUGGAGGAGUUCAAGCCCAGACUGGCUUCUGUCGCUGUCCAGAGACUUUUAGCAAAGGCUAACAGGAGUCAGGAGGACCUUAUGCUUGGGCUUGGGUCCAGUAAGACUUGAGUUUGGAUCCUCAAUGGACCCCCUGACCGGGUGUGUGACCUUGGCCAAAUGCUUUCAUCUCUCUUGUUUUUUCCACAUCUGAAAAACGGGACUCCUAAUCCCUGUCCUAUAGACCUCUAAUGGAUAUUAGGAGUAUCAAAUGAGAUAAUGGAUCUGAAAAUAAUGUAAACUAGAAUGCAAUAGAGAUGA